UCAAAAGUUUCCACGUUUUCAAGGUUGCGGAAGAACAACGUCUGAAGACCAAAGAACAGAACACCGUUUCGUUUCUGAGAGCGAAACUGAAAGAGACAAAGCAGUGGUGGACCAUAACCCAGGAAGAAAACUGUCGACUUAAGAAGGAGAAGUCUUUACUGAGCGCUGAAGUUUCAUCUUUAAAAACAAAGAUUUCCAAAAUGGAGCUAGAAACCUCAGAACUUCGUCAAAAGGUUCAAGAAAUGCGAUUGGCAGUUGAGGAAUACCAGAGUAACUGUCAGACAGUCAACCAAGUUCACGGGCAACGAUGGAGACACCUGUUACAACUGGCUGACAAUAUUCAACUGCUCGGCCAUUCCGCUGUUAGAGAUUACCAUGAUUAAAACCAGUACUUAAAUAUGAUGAAUAAAACCAG